CAUCUACGCGCUGGAUCGCAGAGUUCAGAGUAGGAGUGCGUACUAUUCUUUCCCCGAUGAAAACGGCACGAUAUGACUGAUCCACGGAGCUCAUGCGCUCAUCGACAUCAUGCAUAUCAGUGGCACUGGACCGAAGCUGUGCUCUCAUUCGCUGAUGCGGUAUAUAGCGCCCUAUCUUGCGAGCGCCACAGCAAGUUCCCUCUCUGUUUGGCCCCUCAAUUUCAUUGGCUGGCUGAAGCGUAUCCUGUCUGUUGCUCCAAUCUUCGACAUUGCGCUCUACCGUCGGACUCGUAGCUCCCGUACUCCUGCGUGUCGCCCACCAUGGCCGAGCUCUCAAUCUCCGAUACCCAAGUCAUUCUCAUUUUCUCUCGCGACGACCCUCGCCGGACGAUUCUCUUCGACCAUCGCACCUCGCAUAUGGCAUACAGGGUAACUACGACCGGCGAUGAAAGAUCUGGAGACAUGAAGUACGAGAUGGACAUUGUCAAUGCCCAGGAUACAAGCAUCGCCAGUCUACGCUCGCGCACAUUGCGGUCCGACUUGUUGACACUCGCGGACGGUACGAGCGUCUCGGAGAGCGAUUGGUUGAAGAGAAACUUGCUGAACGAUACGGCCACCUUCAAAGACAGCUCUGGCGCGCAGCUCAAAUGGAAGGUGGAUAAGCAAACGCAAAACAUGUCGCUAUACGAAGCAGGCGGCUCACAUCAGCCGCUCGCGACGUACAGGAGAUCCAGAGACGUUUCCGUUCCGCCUCCUGGCAGCGAUCUCAUCAGCCCUUCCGUGUCAAGUCUACCGUGGCUCUCGACUUCGACUCUUCAUACCUUACGCAAUGACAUUCCAAGCUCAAGCAGUCGAGUAGAAAAGGAGGAAUACAAGCAGCGCGUUCCCGCUACCUUGGCGCUUUCUGCAGCCGCCAUGUACAUGCAAGAUCUGGUCGUGAUCUCUUACCUGCUGUUCCAGCGAGCUCGCCGGUCGCCUACGGGUUCACAUGCGGAAGACGACGUGUCGGUGUCUGCAGAUGGAAAGACGCUGACGAACGCCGUCGGCGAGCCCGAGCGCGUUCAGGACUGCGAGGCGCCAAUGGAUCUACCGAUUGAAACGUAUGCAUAUGCAUAUGCCUUCUGGUAGAGCCUUUUAAGCUUCAAUAUGUGGUGACGAUGUAAAGGGAAGCGCUGGAUUAGUGAUGCUUGCGCCAGGAUUACCAAGCCGGAAGGCAGAGUCGCUCGUGCAGCGCACGACCGGCGGAUCCCAGCGAUGUGGGUCGUGAGUAAGGACAAGAGUGACCUGUCUUCCUCUCAGUAUCGGUAUAAAGCUGUUUCACUGCGCUCCAGUCCCG